AUGAGCAAUCAGGGAAGGCUAACUGGUGCAAUGAGAAGAUUUGCUCAGGUUGUUGAUGAGCUAGAGCUCUUGGAUCUCCCUCUGCAAGGGGGUGUGUUCUCAUGGAGCAGGGGUAGGAACAAUCAAUCUUGGGCUAGACUGGAUCGGUUCUUAGUGACCCAGAACUGGCUUGAUCACUUUAGUGAGGUUAUCCAGUGUAGGUUACCCAGACCCACCUCCGAUCACUUUCCCAUCUUGCUGAAAGAUAGUGGGUUAAGACAGGGCCCUUCCCCGUUUAGGUUUGAAAACAUGUGGCUCAAAGUUGAAGGGUUCAAGGAUCUUCUUCGGGGCUGGUGGUAG